AUGUCGCCUCCAGACCCCGCCGCCAACAGCAACAUCCGCGUCUUUGUCCGCUGGCAGGACCACGUCGUCUUUGCCGGAGAGGAAGUCAAGUGUACAAUCACCUUCAAGAACGUCGCACGACCUCCCGGGCCCCCGCCCACUACGCCCACCAAGAACCCCCAUCCCUCUCCGAGACAUCUAGGCGCCGCUGCCGAGCAACGAUUGCGCCAGCCAUCCCCCCUUGGGCCCGGUCACCCCGUUCAGUCAGCUGCUACACAAGGAGGGAAUGGUCGUGUCAAGGGCCAUGCUGCUGACGGCCUGGCGCCGCCGCCCUCGGUGCGUGGACGCGGUCACGGUCAUCGGUCAACCCUUUCCUUGACAGCUCCAUCCGCUGCUGCCACUUCCCGCGCCCGAGACAGCUCCAUACCCUGGUCGCCCAUCCAGAAUCCCGGGUCCAGCAGCUCCCGGGGUGGUCCUCCCUCGAGCUCCUCCGCCGCACGCAGCAAUGGCCACGGACAUAAGAGGUCGGUGUCCAUCGUGUCACUGGGCUCUACCAAGGGCAUGGACGAGGUUCCGGAGCUCAAUUCGUCUCCCGUCAAGGCCCAGCGACCAGCGAGGGGUCAUGCCCGAGCUUCAAGCUUACAGAUAAUCCCCCGUGUUCCUUUCUUCGGCGGGCCCAAGUCUGGUAAGCCCGCAUCUUUUUUGCGUGAGGCCAACACCAUGGAACAGACGCCUGACCACUCGCCUCGUCCCCAUACAGCUACACAUCCAAAAGUACAGACCUCUCAACAACAGCCAUCCCCCCUUUUUCAUGCCUCCUAUCCUCCCAACCGGAACGCUCUACACAGCCCGACCGAAGGCCCUCUGACUCCUUCCGAACGAACACGAAGCAUCUUCCCAUGGGCAACGUCCCCUUCCCCCAAGGCUUCUCCCAGAGCAGAUCAGAACUCCGAGUUCAGGUUUCCCUUUACCAAGUCAUCCUCUUCGCCCGAUGUCGUCCACGGAGGCAGUUCGGCGGGGCCGGUACAUGAAGACAACAUUAUGAGCCCGACAUACUCACUCGCUGGCGAAUCUGUCAGGUCUCUACCCAUGCGGUCAAGAGACCAGAUCCCCACUAUCAACGAACAUGGUGCGAUACCAUCGGCACGUGUUCUUUCAACAACAAGCAUUGGCGGGACACCUAGGAGUAGUGGCGAGUUUUACUCAAUGAGCAACCACUCUUCCGAGACACUAGCAUCAGAGUAUGUCCAACCACAACCGCUGAGAAUGGUUGGUGGGCGGUCCGGUCAUAGCAGGCGGCCGUCCAGCUUCUCGCCGAAUACGGCAAAGAUGCCGGAAUCGUUGAUGAUGGGUUAUGCGCAAAUCCAGGGGUCAUUUACCCUCGAUGGCUCUUUGGUGAAUCUCGGACCAUUUGAGCAAGUAAAGCGGAAAGCUGUGGUGGGUGGCCAUGGUGGCGGCGUGAUUGGUGUGGAAACUACGAAGCGCGACAGCGGAUUACUCAGGGGCUUCGGUUGGGGCAGUAUCACGAGUUCCAUUGGCGAGCUUCUAGGCGGAGGAGAACUCAGCACCAUCAAAGAGAUGCGCGGGAUUGCCAGCUCCAAAUCGAUCCCCCUAUUAUCAACACCCCAGUCGAUUCUCUUUGUCGACCUGCAGCUAGCACCCGGGGAGAGCAAGACGUUCGAAUAUUCGUUCAGGCUACCAAAGGGGCUACCACCAACGCAUCGCGGCAAAGCGAUGAAGAUAUCAUAUAGCCUCGUCAUUGGCACGCAAAGGCCAGGAGGCGCAAAAGACAAGCAUGUCAAGUCCGUGGACGUUCCGUUCCGCGUGCUUGGAAGCGUCAACAACCACGGCGAGAUUCUAGGUCACGACCUGAUGGCGCCCUAUAUCAUCCUGCGAGACCAGGCGCGGGUUCAGACCGUCGAUAAUACGAACACAGCAUCUACCACUACCUUAAAUAAUCAUAAUCACCAGCAACAACCACAGCAGACACGACAGAAACUAUUGGGAGAUAAGCCUGCUUCCAAUGAAGAUUCUUUCCUCUCCUACGUUGACGAGCUUCUCUCCUCGCGCUCUCUUCAACUCCAGAACGGUGCUCGCGCUCCUGGUCUUCUCAGCCCAACAGCCAGCGCCCCUCCCUCCCGGCGACCCUCCAACUACUCUCUCAACUCCACCACCUCCUCACACUUCAAUCCCUUCGGCCCACAAACCCAUAUGCCCAUACUUACCGCAAAGGAAGCCAUCGACCUCGCCAUCCUCCGCUCCAACUUCGCCUCCCACGACUCCAACCAAUCCACCAACCGCUUCGAAAUCGCCCGUAACGGCCGCCGCGUCGCCGUCGUCAUGCUUGCCCGCCCCGCCUACCGAUUAGGCGAGCAACUCACCAUGGCCAUUGACUUUGAAGGCGCCGAGAUCCCCUGCUACGCUGUGCACGUUGCUUUGGAAACAGCCGAGCGGGUAGAUUCCAGCCUGGCGCUGCGCAGCGAGGCAAGCGUGCACCGCGUGACGAGAAAGGUGCUGGUGAGCAGCAGCGAGGCGACCAUGUUUGCCAAGAGGAUAGUCUUUACACCAACGAUUCCCGUCACGGCAACGCCAGAGUUCAUGACGAGCGGAGUUAGUCUGGAGUGGAAGGUCAGAGUAGAGUUUGUGGUACCCAGCGCGGAGGCAUUAGAGCGGAUGGGACAAUCCCAGGUGCUGGGACAGGCUUCGCAGGGGCAGGGGCGGGGGCAGGGGCAAGGGAUGGGCAUGGGGUUGGGGAUAACUAACAAUGGUGAGGAAGAGUACGAGAUUGUUAGUGAUGAGGAGGCGGACAGGAACGGUGUUAUCGAAGAGGUGGAUGAAGAAGAGGAAUCAGAAGAAGGGAAAGACGACAAUGAAGGAGAAGAAGAAGAAGAAGAAGAAGAAAGGGAAACGAGGCUAGUCAAAACAAAUGGUAACGCUACCGCCGAAAGAAGGGGGAAAGAGCAGAAGAGUAAGAGCAGAAGCAGACCGCCUAUGUUGCGGAAGAACCAGACACUGUCUGAACGCGAACGCGAAAGGGAGAGGAAUACUAUGCUGCAGCAACAGCAACAGCAGCAACAACCGCAUCCCUUGCUGGAGGAAAUAUCGAGGGAUGAUAGAGGCGGUUUGGUCCUGGUUGCCGCGGAGAAUCUCAUCUGCGAGAGCUUCGAGGUUGCGGUGCCGUUGAGGAUUUACGGCGCUGUUGGCACGGGGCUGGAGAAGUUGGAGAGGGACGAGGCUACGGACGAGGGGUUACCUGUGUGA